AUGGCCGAUUCAAUCUCUUCCAUACACGAUUUUGAAUCGUCUGGACUCGAUAAAGGAAUUAAAUUAGGGAGAGAACUCACCGGGGAUGUUGAUUCAUUUCCGUCUGGCCCACGGAAAAUCAAGUUCAGAAACGUCCUCGUCUCUUUCCUGAUAUUUCUUUUCCUGUCCAUUUCAGCCUCAAUUAUUAUUUAUACAUUUGUUUCAGAGUCAUUGUCUGUCACUAAUUUCUCAAACAAGCUCUUGGAACACAUGGAUAAAAGUUACCCUAGAAUGGGAAAGGAACUCAAGGAAUCUUACCGAAAUGAACUUAUCAGACUCUACAAAAACAGGAUCAUUUCCAACGAUUAUGCAUUGGAAUGCGAAACCCUGGUAGAAUUUGAUACAUUCAUGACCGAAUUUAAGAAAAGAUACGAUCAUGCAGAACGUGCCAGGAGGCAUCUCAUCUUCCGUCAAAGAUACUUUGAGGUUAAAAGACAAAAGGGAGAAAAGGGCUACAGACUGGGAAUAAAUAAAUUUAGUGACCUCACCCUAGAAGAAAGACGCUCAUUGUUGUUAAAUUACCAGCCAAUUAAAGUUAGUAUGGACCUCAAUGACAAAAACGAGCGCAACCAGUUUGUGGAAAGGCAUAUGUCUGAUCCGAUGUAUCUUGUAAAGCUUAAAAGAGCCAAGAACCUGGACAACAGCAUUUACGACUCUUCUAAAAUCACACCAGAAGACCUUGAUUGGAGACGUCCAGACGUUGUCACUAAAGUUAAGGACCAGGGACUUGACUGCUCUAGUUGUUGGGCCUUUGCUUCUGUAGCAGCUGUGGAAAGCAUCUUCCAAUUGCUACAGGACGUCGAUUUGGAUUUAAGUGAACAACACCUAAUUAACUGUGAAACUAGGUGCUCAGGAUGCAGUGGUGGAUAUGCCGACCUUGCACUAGACUAUGUUAAGAACAAAGGUUUACCAAAGUCGAGCGUUGUCCCAUACCACUCCAAGGAAGAAACAUGUAUAGAGUAUGAUAGGGGCGUUUAUUACAUUGAUUUGUUCCUAGUUAAUAAGGGCAUUGACGUUUUCAAUCAAUCGCUAAUAUUGUCACCAGUCCUUGUUACUAUUGGUGUUUCCGAUAGUUUUUUCGACUACAAGAGUGGAAUUUAUGACGGAGACUGCUCUGUGAAUUUGAAUCAUGCAGUUUUACUUGUAGGCGAAGGCUAUGACCCCAAGACCAAGAAGAGAUACUGGAUAAUUAAGAAUUCCUGGGGAAGAGAUUGGGGUGAAGACGGUUUUAUGAGACUAGAAAGAACCAACGAGGGGAAUGAUAAAUGCGGAAUCUUGACUGUUGGAUUAACCCCUCUAUUUCACCACUAUCUCACCAGCGAAUACGCCGGUCGCUAUGUCAUUUAG